UUUUUAAAAUAAUCAUCGUAAUUCAUUGCAAUCGCAGCAUAAUGAGAACGAUGAAAGUCAAUAAGCGUCGAUUUGUGUUAUGUGUCACUGAAGCUUGUGUUUUAAAUUCUUAAUAUUAUAAGCGUUAUUAAUAAAAAAUAAGCAAUAAUGUUUAUGAAGAAGUUAAUGACUAACUUAUUAUAGAUUGAAUUAUUACGUGAAAAGUAUUUAAUUUGUGUUGGAUGUGCCUAAAAAAUUUCUUUUACAAUGACGACUAUGGAAGAAGGAGAAUCUACUACGGAAGAAAUACCGUCGGGAAAUCCGGACGAUUUAACAAAAAAUCCUACAGCUCUAAAAGAGGCACAUGAACAAAUGGCUACCCUUGAUGUUCUGGUAUGUGGACAAUGCCAUUCAGCAUUCCAUUUUAUUGAAGAGUUUAAGGAUCACAAAAAUACUAAUAAUUGCACUGGUAAAUCGCCAGUACGAGAUAGUAAUGAAAGUAAAUCACAAGUAUGGGCUUUUCUGCUAUGGAAGUGCUCAUCAGUUCGAGAUGGGUCUACUUCAAAUGCUGACAACAGCUGGAAGUUGUAUCAACAAUGGUGCAGGAUGCCAGAAGCUCAAAGGACGGCGUGGAUAACAGCUGGAUCAAAUGUACAAUCUCUAUCUAAAUUUGCGCAUGCUAAAGUCAUGGAAUUGAAGGCUGAAGAUCAGUUAGUUCCUGUGCAGACAGCAGCUCCUGAAGUGAAAAAACGUGGUAGACCCAGGAAAAUCGUCAAAGUGGAGGAUACCGAGGCUCAACCAUCUGGAGAAGAGAGUGAUGACGUUAAAGCAACUCCAGCCCAGAAAGCUCUCCUCAAUAAGAUGUCAAUAUCUAAUGCUAAUAGAUCAAGGGAAUUGUCGUCAGACUCGGUGCGCAACGCGCAGGAGCGCGUGCCGGCGGAGGAGCGAAUCGCGCGGCGCUCGGAGCGCGAGGGCGGUGCGGGCGCGGAGGCGGGCGAGUACGUCGUCGAGAAGAUACUCGCCAAGCGCUUCAACCCGCGCCGCAAGCACUACGAGUACCUGCUCAAGUGGGAGGGAUACCCUCAUGAACAGAACACAUGGGAGCCAGUAGAAAAUAUGGAAACCUGCAAGCAUCUUCUGGAAGCAUUUGAAAAACAACUAGCACGUCAAAAAGAAUUAAAAGCAUUACGAGCUCAGCAGCAACAGCAACAACAUCCAGUACAGGUUAAGCAGUUAAGCACUCCAAUACCACAGGUUGUAAAGCAGAUGGUGAAGAAAUCAGACAGUCCAGUGUUGACACCAACUGGACGCCUGCAGCGCUCGAGCAAGGCGCGCGCACUGGACCAGGUGAAGGCGUGGUGCGGCGCCGACGACGAGCCCGCCAGCAAGCGCAUCAAGCGCGAGAUGUCCAGCGACGACGAUUACUCCGACAGCGAUUCCGUCAGAGAAAAGAAAAUAUUAAAUGGGCAGUCUUCCCCAAAAUCAAAUAUAGACCCCGAACUAGUGAAAUCUUUAGGUCUCGGAGGCAAGGGUAUGCCUAACAUCAAAGGUGUCAUUAAAGUUGACCCUAAACACAUGCCAAACCUUAGUACUGGUGUGUACAUAAUGUCCAAGAGUUCCGGUAUAAUGAAAAUUAAUUCUCCUGGCAAGUUAGGACCUGGCUUGAAUAUAGAUCAAGAGGUGAUCAGAAAACAGAUCAUGGCUGCCAAACAGAAAAAAAUGGAGGAAAAGAAGUCUUCACCAGCAAACACACCAGUAUCAUCACAGAUAAAAAAGACAUAUGGUGCUGGAGGACAACAGGUGACAGAAAAGACUAUUAUAACUCCUUCCGGACAGAAGAUUAUCCAGCGUACAAUACAGCGACCAUACGGCGCAUCAGAGGGAAAGUCGCCGGUCACAAUCCUUAAUAAGAAGCUUGCACAGGGUGACAGUCUGCUGCGCGGCUCCGGCGGGUCGACGCGAGGCCGCGGCCGCGGGCGCGGGUACUCGGUGUCCACGGCCGCCGGGAACAUCGUGCGCAUACGGGAAAAACCCAUCACUAUUGAGUUUGAUAAGUGGGAAGCUUCGUCAGAGUCUUCCGACGGCAUAGAGGAUCCCUUCCCGCGUGAUCUCGGCCCUCUUCCGUCGCCCAGUCCGGAAAGGGAGUUGUCCUUGUGCCCGGUAACCGGGCGGCGACUAGCGCGCGCCGAGGGAGAGCCUACACCGCCGCCCACGCCGCCACCACAGCCGCCGGCCACUCCGCCUCCGGAGACACACCACGCUACCAUGCUUAUGAAGGUUGAAAUGUCACCAGGAGGCACAACAGGAAUGUUAGUGCAGGGUGAUGGAGCACAACCAUCUUUACCAGUUUUAACCGAUGAAGAUGGCACGGAAGUAAAGGUGGAAGCCAGUGCAGUUAAGCAAUUGUUAGAAGAAGGUGUCGGAGUGGACGAUGGCGAAGAGGUGGGCUUGCUACACGCAGGACAUCCACCCAUCAUGAUAAGAGGAGAAGACGGCGUGUUGUAUCAAGUGGCAGGGGAAAAUGAAGCUGGUCAGACACUGUUAGUGGCAGCGGAAGGCGUAGAAGGUUCCGUAGAGGGUGUUGAAGGGACCGUCGAAGGAGAAGGAGAGGGUGUGAUGUAUGUCACGAGAGAAGAUGGACAGACCUUAUUAGUAGCUGCUCAAGGAGUAGAAGGUUCUGUGCAAGGAGUAGAGGAUGCAGUAGAAGGGGAAGGUGAAGGCGUAACUUAUGUUACGAGGGAAGAUGGACAGGACGUCCUGGCGAUCGACCCGACGCAGCUCGCGCAACUGAUGCCGGGCGGCGAGGCGGGCGCGCUGCAGCAGGUGGCCGUGCAGGUGGAGGGCGAGCCCGGAGAGGAUGCCACGCAGGUCAUCGCGCAGCUCGUGCAGGCGGACCUGCCCUCACCCGGCGGUACGAGACGUGUAGUACUUUUACUACCAGAUGGUAGUUUCACCAUGACGGAACUGGACAAAGAACAAUAUGAAUCAAUAACAGAAGCAAGUAAACAACAGGAAUGAGAAUUACAUGAAAUGUAAAUGUGACUGAUUUGUUAUAUUUCUGAAGGACACUUUGAAAUGAAAGAAUGUAGAACCAAUACACAAAUAAGCUAUUUACUAAGUUAUUUAAGGAAAAAAUUC